AUGCCUGUUAACACGGGAAGUCAUACUCAUACUUCGCAAAUGUCUGAAAGUUCCCAUUCCAACUCCACUCACAGUACUAUAGGGCAACAUUCUAAUUCCAGUGAUAGUAGCGUUAUAUACCGUCCUUCCAGUGAAUCUGGUUCAGAAAUAUCUAAAACUGCUACUAGCAACGUGAAUAAAAGACUGGACAUGAAUACUACUUAUAUAAAUGAAGUUAUAAAUGAAGCAGAAAUAUCAGAAAAAGAAGCAGCACAGAGGAGACCUUUGGACAAGUCUGUUCCAAAACCUACAUUUGAUCAUAACAGAACUUUGACUGAGUUGAACAAAAGGAUGGACGACAGUCGGUCUAGUACGCCAUCUCAUUGUCGUGACAAUUCACUUGGCGACGAGAAAAUCCAAUGAUGAAUGUAUUACCCAUGAGACCAUUGUUGCGAGGGUACAACAGUCAUCUGACGUUGCCCAUGAGAACUUCGGGCUUAACGCAAAAAAAUAUUCCCGGUUAUCCUCAUCACGCUAACACGGUGAAAGCAAAUUUUGGCAGAGAAAAUAUGGGAUUGCGUGACCGUAUUAAUUACGGUCCCGGAUUUUCCAACCCGGAUUAUUGUGAUCUUGAAAUAGCUUCAGGGUACAUGUCAGACGGUGAUUGUUUACGACGGAUAAAUCUUGGAGAAAUGGAGUGUGCGAGAAAUAACGAUAUGAUGGAUGGAUACAUGUCGGAAGGAGGCGCUUCGCUGUACGGUCGUCGGAUGAACUACCAGCAGCCUUCGCAGCUACAGCAACUUGACGAAAGACGCGGUGGUCGCAAUAGAGGCAUGGAAGGAGGUAGCGGUGUGGUAUACCGUGUGGUGGGGCGCACGCGCAGUAAGGCGGACUGUGGCCAACAGACUGAACGACAGCCGCCGGCGCCGCGGCAACAGGACACCACCUGGAAGAAGUACACCGACUCGCCUGGAGUUGGUGCUCCGCCACUGAACCAGCCAGCACCUGCGCCACCCAGCCCAUCACAUGGCAGGAAGGGAGAAAGACGUGCUGGCCACCACUCGCCUCAGCACCACAAGCGGGAGAAGCUGACUGCAGCCCAGCAGCUUGGCAUUGCACCGCAUCCACAGUAUGCUGCAUCGAAUUCUGGGCAACAUCCUUCAAGAAGUGGGGGAUCACAGCAGCUCCAGUCUCCUGGAGGUGGAUCCCGGCCGUCUAGUGUGUCAAGCGGGGGCAAUGGUAGCACUUGUUCUUCAAGUAAAGCGAAAGUGCCACAAAGCUUCGGCUACGUGAAGAGACAGAAUGGUGUUCAACAACCAGUACCGCAGUCCAAUGGGCCACCACAACAUGGUGGACGGACAGCUCAAGUUUCUGCUGUGCCAAGGACGAAAGUCAAAGUAUCGGGUGGUACACAGACGUGUACACAGGACCUUCAAAUUCAUAAGAAUGGAAUCGGUCCGAAAUCAUUUUCUUUGGGUGGCACAGCGGCCGCGCAGCUCUCGGCUUCGGUUCGAGAGAGGUUGCUGGGGUCACAGUCCUUGCCCAAACCGGGAACACAUGAGUUUGCUGCCCUCUUCCAUCAUCAUAGGAUCGCACCUAGAGGUGGCAUUAAGAUUAGUGACGGCAGUCUUUCUGAUACCCAAACGUAUUCCGAAGUAAAGUCUGACUACGGGAUCCCGUAUGCACCUUGGCUAAGACACAGCAAUACAUAUUCGGCGAGUGGUCGCCUGUCGGAGGGCGAGUCGAUGGAGUCGCUCACGUCGCUGCACUCUGCGCAGGCGCACAACCACACCUCCUCCCCUAACUCACACCACCGCAGCUCACUCACACACAAUAAGCUCAUCAUGCACCGAGACGCACAGGGCUCCCGGUUAAACAGGAGCAACAGUAUUAGCUACCUCAGAGAUAGGACAUUUCCAAGGUCAACAAAAUCGGAGAAGCUUUACCCUUCGAUGCUGCAAAGAUCUUCGGAGAGUGACUACGAGCCGUAUUAUUGUUUACCUGUGCAAUAUGGACCAUCUGGACAAGGUCUAAACUACGGCGUGUCAGAGCCACCGUCGCCGUCUCCGAGGUCAGCUCUAAGUCCGACGCACCAGCCUGGCAAUGUGAUGCACACGCCUCGACACUCACACCACUAUCCUAAAAAGAAUGAUGAUGUGCACGGAUCUACUGCAUCAUUGGUGUCGACAGCGUCGUCAUUGGCUGCUGGCGCGGGAUCGGAGGAGAGGCAGGCACACGAAGUCCGGAAACUGCGGAGGGAACUAGCUGAUGCCAAAGAAAAAGUGCACACGCUGACGACGCAACUAACAACUAAUGCUCACGUGGUGUCCGCCUUCGAACAGAGUCUAUCCAACAUGACGCAACGCCUGCAGCAGCUCACGGCAACCGCAGAGAGAAAGGAUUCGGAGCUAACAGAGUUACGUCAAACUAUUGAACUGCUGAGGAAGCAAUCAAUUCAAGCUGGGCUGACGACGGCUCAUAUGCAGUCCAUGGGUAUUCGGGCGGACGGCGUUAAUGUCACCGGACCGGAACCAAAUAGUCAAACGCAAUCGUCUCCUCAGCGUACAGCGCAGACGGGCAACGGAGCAAUCACGCGACAUCUGUCCACCGACAGUGUCUCAAGUAUCAACAGUCUCAGCAGUGGCUCGUCUGCGCCGCACGACAAGAAACACAAGAAGAAAGGAUGGCUCCGCUCAUCGUUCACGAAAGCUUUCUCGCGGAACGCCAAGAUAUCAAAGACAGCGAAGCACUCCUCCCUCGGGCAGUUGUCGUCACAAGACAGCUCCUCGGGAUCCCAUCACUAUGACGACCCGCACACGAUCCGAGAGGGAAGCAACGAGAACAGUCUCGAACAUUCCCAUGAGACGCUCGACGUUAAGGACAAGCCAUGCCCCCCGGCCAAGACGGAAGACCAGACCAAAGAUAAACCAGACGACUCUGGGCUAGUUGAUGAGUUGAAGCGGCAAUUAAGAGAAAAAGAUUUGGUGCUAACAGAUAUUCGAUUAGAGGCUCUCAGCUCAGCGCAUCAACUUGAAAGUCUUAAAGACACCGUCAUCAAAAUGAGGGUACACUUCCAGAACGAGAUGUUGAACCUCAAACAGAACAAUGAGCGACUGCAGAGGCUUGUGACGUCACGGUCACUGGCUGGCAGUCAGAGCUCGCUUGGUACUGGAGGAUCUGCUGUCGAGGAUCCAAGGAGGUUCAGUCUCGCUGACCAGGCUACCAUGCAUCAGGCGACGCUAGACAUGCACUCGCAACCUCUAGACCUAGACUUCAACUGUAUGUCAUCGACCCCCACCAUGGAUUUCUCCAAAAAAGGCUCGCCUAAAUCGGGCAUGGUCGAACCCAUAUAUGGCAAUAAGGCCGCAUGCGAGCUUAAUGAAAACAGCGAGACCCUAUUAGUAGCGCUGAAUGGCAGCAGUGAUUUAUUCGCGAACGGACUCAACGCGACAGAGCGGCUCAGCGGAGACUACGACAUUAACAGCGUGCUCCCGCCACCGAAGACACGAGAGCUAGCGAUAGGGGAAAGCUAUUCCGAUAUCGGUGUUGCAGACAGCCAGGGCGAUACGACUGAUGGAAAGAAGAUAGCUAUAGCCGUUUACUUGGGACAGCCGGAAACAUUCCAAAGAUAUUUCGAAGAAGUUCAAGAUACGCUGACAGAAUCAGAAUGCAGAUUCUACGCCAAACAAUCAGCGAGCUCAUACAACAAUCACUUUGAGAAGCAGUCCAGUUUCGACUCGCCGCGACUAUCACAAAACCGCAGCCCCGAAACUGAGACACAAGACUACUCACAAAUAAAUAAGUCAAACACAAAUAGCCUUAAAAGCAAUAAAUCUACGCACAGUAGUUCGUAUAAGAACGUUUAUAAUAGUGAUUCGACAAUAAACUGUAACGAAUUCACCAUAGCUUACACUUAUAUAUCUGGCAAGACUACUUGGCAGAACUUAGAUUAUAUAGUUAGGAAGACUUUUAAAGAUUACUUGUCUAGAAUAGACUUGGGAACGAAUCUCGGUUUGAACACUGAUUCGAUAACAUCGUAUCACUUGGGCGAAGCGACGCGAGGCCCUGAAAUAGGUUUCCCUGAGCUGUUGCCGUGUGGAUAUAUUAUUGGCACUGUCAAUACGCUGUACAUCUGCUUAGAAGGAGUUGGAAGCUUGGCGUUCGAUAGUCUUAUACCAAAAAAUAUUGUAUAUAGAUAUGUUUCACUGCUAUCGGAACACCGGCGAAUAAUUUUAUGCGGACCGAGCGGCACGGGGAAAUCGUAUCUAGCGGCAAAAUUAGCAGAGUUCUACGUACAGAAGACGCAACGUAGAGGCAACCCUGCUGAAGCCGUCGCUACUUUUAACGUUGAUCGCAAAUCCUGCAACGAGCUUCGCGCCUAUUUGGCUAACAUCGCAGAACAAUGCGGCGCUGCAGCGGCUGGUGAAGAAGCUGCUUUACCUUCAGUAGUCAUAUUAGACAACCUCCAACAUGCCUCGGCUCUGGGAGACGCCUUCGCUGGUCUCCUACCUCCUGACAACAGAAAUAUGCCUGUUAUUAUCGGCACAAUGUCCCAAGCAACAUGCAACACGACGAACCUGCAACUCCAUCACAACUUCAGAUGGCUGCUGACAGCCAAUCACAUGGAACCUGUCAAAGGAUUCUUAGCUAGGUACCUCCGUCGCAAGUUAUUCACAUUGGAACUCCGACUGGGUCGUCGGGAACCAGCAUUAGCUGCCGUCUUGGAAUGGCUGCCGGGAGUCUGGUCCACGUUGAACGCCUUCUUAGAAGCUCACUCCUCCAGUGACGUCACUGUAGGCCCGAGGCUCUUCCUCGCCUGCCCCAUGGAUCUGGAGGCUAGUCAGGCGUGGUUCGCAGACGUAUGGAACUACAGCAUCGUCCCAUACGCGUCGGAAGCAGUUCGUGAAGGCAUCGCCCUCUACGGCAGACGACGACACGCCGCCAUCGACCCGCUGCAGCACAUCAAGUCCUCAUACCCCUGGAGAGAACCCAACCAUUCACAUACCCUAAGAGCGAUAACAGUGGAGGAUAUUGGCAUUGAAGAAUCAAAUCAAGAUUCCACCACAAAUAAUAACCAGGAUCCCUUGUUGAACAUGUUAAUGCGACUACAAGAAGCGGCGAACUACAGCGGAAACCAAAGUCAGGACUCUGACAACGCGAGCAUGGAUUCGAAUCUCACGCACGACAGUUCGAUGGGCAACGAGCUAUAA